UUCACUGUGAAGUCGAGUAAAGAUGAUGUUUAUCACGAGUGCCUCUGUGCUGUUAUCGCUGUCCCUAACAUCCGUCAUUUCUGAAGUUGUAGACUUUAAUGAAUGCAGCGAGUUUUUCUUUAAAGGACAGUCUCCAGUCAUUCCCGGUGUUAUAGAGAAUUCACGUUCCCAGGAUAAUCGAUACAAGACAAUCUGUCAAACAUAUAAAAACAAGUACAGAUUUGGGACACUCUAUGACACAACAAACAAGAUUCCAGUUUUUUCAGCAUAUAAAUUCACUUCGAAAAACAGGAUCAAAAGACCACAUCUGAAAUGGAUGGGAGAGCCCCAGCUCGAACCCCCCAGUGAUGAGAUGGUCGUGCCAUAUGAAAAUCAAGCUACGGAUGAAGACUACAACCAGUCUGAAACACAAAAACAUUGGGUGAAUCGCGGUCACUUGUUUCCCUGCUGUCAUGCAGUCGAUGCUGGCACAGCUCGGUCUACCUUCACAUAUACUAACAUUGUGCCACAGAAAAUCAGUUUCAAUGGCGGCAGCUGGAAUCGCAUGGAACUAAAGACUGUGGAGGUCAUGAGUGAAGACUGCCGUGACAAACUGGAUCAAAAUAAAAUUUUGGCUCAUGUGUUGACAGGAGCUGUGCCAGGCAACAGUAAACUAAAUGAGCGAGUGAAUAUUCCAUCAUUCAUGUGGAUGACGUUCUGCUGCUACAAGAGUUCCACGAGUUCAUGGUCCUCUCAAGCUUACUGGGCUCCAAACCAAGAUGAAGAAAUCAACAAUGUCACGAUCAGUGAAAUAAGUCUGGAGAGAUUACAGGAAUUAUUGAGUAUAGAAUGGUUGAACAUCACUCAGCUAUUUACCAACAGCUGCACAGACAAGUUAAAUAAUUCCACUCCACUGAAAGUAGAUUAAGCAGAAAAAUUAACAAUGUUUGAAAUCACUGUUUAUAGAAUUAGAGACGUAAAACUGUUUUAUGUAACCCUUCCAGCAUCAUCAUACAAACACCCUAUAAUCUAUGCUUAAGUACACAUGGCAAAUAAAGUUUGAACAUCUAUAUUUAUAUGUACUGUAAUGGCACUGAUUCUGUUAAUACAAUGAAACAAAAUAAAUGUUUUUAGCUCAAAGCAGGAAUAAUAAGUUUGUGCAAAAACUGGUAUCAGACUCGUCUCAUUCAUUGCUAUAAAAAUGUGACUAUUAUCAGUAUGUUUAUAUGAUACAUAGUAGAUCAAAAGCUGUUGUAUCAGUUUAAAUUAAUCAAGUAUUUUAAAUUUAAGGCAAAUCAUUAUUUACACACACACACACAAAAUAAAUGUAAAUAAAAAUGAUGUUUUUGUGGACAAAAAAGUCAAAUAAACUUUUACCCGCUACACCACUUUAA